CAGUAACACCUUCUAAUAUAUUUCGUUCCCACCAAGAGAAAUCAAAAGACAGAGUCGAGGAGAUCGGAAGAGUAUAUUUGGCGAUGACCAAUAUACCGGAAUUCUCUGAUCUAAUCUGGCUAGCGAUUGCGGUUGAUGUUGAGCACGGCGUUACCACACGUGAUCUGGCGCGGAUGCCUGACCGAGCGCCUUCAGCUAGAUGAGUCCACUAAAACAUAUGGUCAGCAUCCAAUGUCGAAAACUUACAGAGCUAUUUAUUUUAGGGAUUUAUUUACCACUACAACGGCGUCAACUUCGGUACUUAAUGCUAACGUACUAUCAGUUCACAAGGGAUUUUAUACAAAACGUGAUAAUUGAGUGGCUAUAACAAAUAAAAAGACGAGACUACAAUUUUUGAACGUGAACCAAUCAGGUAUAAGAUAACAGAUCUCGGAUUAUGGCGCGAAAGUCUUUCAUCCGUUUGGCUAAAUAGAGUUCAAACUACUUGGAUUGGCAUUAUAGCUGAUAUCAGUUCGUAAUGAAAACCCUAUAUAUAAUUCCUAACUAAAACAACUUAUGACAAUUAUUGCGAACUGGAUAAUAAAAGCACCAGUAACACUGACUGCAGCCAGACUCCUACAUAGGUUUGAUUAUGUGCAUCGUGUCGUUAUCCACAGGUGGCAUUUUGUGUAUUCAACAGCCGGAAUGCACACAAACAAUAUUGAAGCUAUGUAGUCGAGGCUGAAAGAGUUUUUGAUGGAGUUUUGUUCUCUGAGCUGGAUGGUUUUGUCGUGGAGCUUUCAUCGUUCUUCUGAACACAUCAUCAGCACAAACUCCAGAUAGAAGUGAAGUGUUCGAAUUUCUCCAUAUGCGUUUCACAACUUGUUCUGUACACCUCGACGUUGAUUAGUUCUUAUUGACCUUAAAUUUGUAAUUGUUUAGCUUGUGUCUCCCAUUAGUUUGAAUUUUGUUCCUAUAUUUGUGCAUAAUUUUCCUCAUUGGCUAGUAAAUUAGACUGAUUUCAAUAUACUUGUUGAUUGCUGAUUUACCUGAGUCCCAGGCUUCUAAAAAUUCUCUGGUAUUUUUGGGGUUUCCUCUGUCCAAGGUUUCCACAUUUUCCAAUCGAAUGAGUGUACAGGCUGAAAGAGUUCCUGAGACUUUAUCAUGGCUCCAGAGGUCGACUAUUCUGUAGCCAUAUGGAUGGUUUCAUCUACUGCAUGAAUUACGAUUUUAGAACCUCUUUCUAAUCUUGACAAGUAUUUGAACUAUGUAUAAGACGUGUAUCCACUUUAUUUCUUUGGUUUUGUAUAGUAUAUUUUUUACUCUAAACUGGCUGUUUCCUAAUUGGCCAGUAUUUCUCAAGAUCAAUCAAGAUUUGUUCAAAGGUUGUCCAUACUUCUAAGAGGAAAUUCGAGACAAUGGCCGUCGAAAUGACAUAUCGACGGCCAGAAGAUUUUCCAACAACGUCCUAGUGAUUUUACCAAUGACAGCAUUUAUACAAACAUCAUAGUAUGAUUCAUUAAAUUUGUUUCAUUUCAUUACUAUAUGACGCAUCAACAAGAUGAUAUCAGGUGUUAAUAAAGGUAUGAUGGCGAUCCACACUUCCCGGUUGCCCAGUGUCGAAAGAUAUCUCUUCUUGAGGGGCCUGGAAAAGAAGCUGAGUUAGUGGUGGUCUUAGCGACCUGUGAGCGUGACCGCAGAGUUCAGGGGAAAAGUGCUUGAGGCCGAUUGCGUACUGCCUUAUGGUUUUGCCGUCGGAGACGGAAAUCCGUGGGUUAAGGUGUGACAUUUUCCAACCUCUUCCUUCCAUUGUGAGAAGGCACCAUCUCUGCAGAUGCUGGCUGUCCAAGGGAAAUACUUUGCUGCUGUCACACCCAUCUACAUGCAGCAGUAUGUCUUCGCCCUCGGAUCUUAAGUUACGGUUUUUAGUUUAACCGUUCUCCGGCCGACCUGUCGGGUUAGUAGGACCUAAACAAACACGUGUUCCACCCAAUAUAGCCCAGUUGAGUCAUCACGACAGGCAAGCCCGAUUACCGUAUCAAGGUAGCAGCUACGGUCGGGAAUGGGGGGCCUGCUUACCAUUCAUAGCGUCUGUUUACUGUACGAAUUGAUGUUUCAUGCCUCAUGAACGAUAAUUGAUUUGACUGUGCAAAGUAUUAUUGUUUCUUGGGGAACUUAAUCCUUUUGGUUAUUUUUUUCACUAACUUUCAGCUUUACCUCAAAAGUGAUAAAGUUCAGAAGCGAAUGACUGAAAGCUCACAUUCAUGUACCGGUCACACAGUUUUUCACCAAUCAACCCACCAAGAUUUAAGUGAAAUGGAUUUUGAGAGAGGGAUUUGGGGUGCUUCCACACGUGGUGAUAUUGAUCGCGUUCGGAAAUUGUUAGAUAAACAUAUAAAUGUUAAUAUACCAGACAGUUAUGGGUACACAGCUCUGCAUUAUGCUGCUAGAAAUAAUCAUAUAGAUAUUUGUAAUGUAUUAUUAGAAGCUGGGGCUGAUAUUUUCGCCAAGACAAGAAAUGACGGGGCUACACCUGCACAUCGAGCAGCGUAUGCAGGACAUCUUAAUAUUUUAAAACUGCUUGUCGGCAAAGGAGGAGCACCAGUUUUAGAAUCUCGUGAUAACUAUGGUAGGAACUGCUUGCAUCACGCGUACCGGGGGAAACAGAAAAAUACAAUAGAUUGGUUGUUGGAGAGCUAUCCUAAUCUGUCUAGUACUAAAGACAACAAUGGUCUUCUUCCUGACUCCGUUGGUCAGUCAACCAAUGAAGUUCACUGUCAUGAAUUAAAUAUAUGGUCUGUGGUAGAUAAAUAA